GAAUAUCAGGAAAAAAGCCCACGAGCAAGAUCAAAAACGAAUUGCCGAAGAGACGAAGGAGUGCACCUUUCGACCAGAUUUGAGGAAGAGGAGGCGUACUGAUACUUUAAUAUCUUCUUGACAUCGUAUCACGAGCGAUAUUUAUAGUUUUUAUGAAGGUAAGUAAUGCUCUCUCGUAGGGAGAUCAAAAUUACCAUGGACAUUUGUUCCAAAACGACACAGGACGCUCGUCUUCCUUCUCGCAGCGGACAGGAGGCGACACUUAUCGAGGAACGAGAAUCGGCGAUAGUUCGAUGAUAUCUAACGUGUCUUCGAGAAAUAGAAUAAACGACAGUGGUGUUGCGAUGUCUUCAAGUGGUAACAGUCGCAAUCCUUCGCAUAAAACAACCUCUGACCACAGUCGUGUGACGCAAGUGUGGGAAGAUGAAGCGCGAGAUGUCCGAGUACAAUUGGGCCAACUCUCUAGGGACUACAAUGAAGCCGCGGCGCUGCUAUCGAGUGAGG